ACACCAUGUCCCCAAUUCCUUCAUCAGUUUAAUUGAGUAGCUAUUGAUCUUACAUACCAAAAUUUUAAGAAAAAACUAUUGUGGGCCAUUUUCACAGUGUAGGUCACAAUGAGAUCAUCGGCGUGUGUCAAGUAGGCAACGAGGCUGAGAGGCUGGGCAGAGACCACUGGAGUGAAAUGUUGUCAUAUCCUCGGAAGCCCAUUGCACACUGGCAUUCCCUGGUGGAGGAUGAUGGUGGCCCUUCGAGGAGCUUCUGCAUUGCUGGUUCUGUUCCUUGCAGCUUUUCUGCCCCCGCCGCAGUGUGCCCAGGACCCAGCCAUGGUGCAUUACAUCUACCAGCGCUUUCGAGUCUUGGAGCAAGGGCUGGAAAAAUGUACCCAAGCAACGAGGGCAUACAUUCAAGAAUUCCAAGAGUUCUCAAAAAAUGUAUCUGUCAUGCUGGGAAGAUGUCAGACCUACACAAGUGAGUACAAGAGUGCAGUGGGUAACUUGGCACUGAGAGUUGAACGUGCCCAACGGGAGAUUGACUACAUACAAUACCUUCGAGAGGCUGACGAGUGCACUGAAUCAGAGGACAAGACACUGGCAGAAAUGUUGCUCCAAGAAGCUGAAGAAGAGAAAAAGAUCCGGACUCUGCUGAAUGCAAGCUGUGACAACAUGCUGAUGGGCAUAAAGUCUCUGAAAAUAGUGAAGAAGAUGAUGGACACACAUGGCUCUUGGAUGAAAGAUGCUGUCUAUAACUCUCCAAAGGUGUACUUAUUAAUUGGAUCCAGAAACAACACUGUUUGGGAAUUUGCAAACAUACGGGCAUUCAUGGAGGAUAACACCAAGCCAGCUCCCCGGAAGCAAAUCCUAACACUUUCCUGGCAGGGAACAGGCCAAGUGAUCUACAAAGGUUUUCUAUUUUUUCACAACCAAGCGACUUCUAAUGAGAUAAUCAAAUAUAACCUGCAGAAGAGGACUGUGGAAGAUCGAAUGCUGCUCCCAGGAGGGGUAGGCCGAGCAUUGGUUUACCAGCACUCCCCCUCAACUUACAUUGACCUGGCUGUGGAUGAGCAUGGGCUCUGGGCCAUCCACUCUGGGCCAGGCACUCAUAGCCAUUUGGUUCUCACAAAGAUUGAGCCGGGCACACUGGGAGUGGAGCAUUCAUGGGAUACCCCAUGCAGAAGCCAGGAUGCUGAAGCCUCAUUCCUCUUGUGUGGGGUUCUCUAUGUGGUCUACAGUACUGGGGGCCAGGGCCCUCAUCGCAUCACCUGCAUCUAUGAUCCACUGGGCACUAUCAGUGAGGAGGACUUGCCCAACUUGUUCUUCCCCAAGAGACCAAGAAGUCACUCCAUGAUCCAUUACAACCCCAGAGAUAAGCAGCUCUAUGCCUGGAAUGAAGGAAACCAGAUCAUUUACAAACUCCAGACAAAGAGAAAGCUGCCUCUGAAGUAAUGCGUUACAGCUGGGAGAAACAGCACUGUGGCUUUGGCAGCUGUUCUACAGUGAGGCUAUAGCCCCUUCACAAUAUACUACCCCUCUAAUCACAAACAGGAAGAGUGUGUUGAAGUGGAAAUACGUAUGCCUCCUUUCCCAGAUGUCACUGCCUUAGGUAUCUUCCAAGAGCUUAGAUGAGAGCAUAUAAUCAGGAAAGUUUCAACAAUGUCCAUUACUCCCCCAAACCUCCUGGCUCUCAAGGCUGACCACAUUCUGAUACAGCUUACUUCAAGCCUUUUCUUUUACUGCUCCCCAGCAUUUACUGUAACUCUGCCAUCUUCCCUCCCACAAUUAGAGUUGUAUGCCAGCCCCUAAUAUUCACCACUGGCUUUUCUCUCCCCUGGCCUUUGCUGAAGCUCUUCCCUCUUUUUCAAAUGUCUAUUGAUAUUCUCCCAUUUUCACUGCCCAACUGAAGUACUAUUAAUAUUUCUUUCUUUUCUUUUUUUUUUUUUGAGACAAGGUCUCACUAUGUUGCCCAGGCUGGUCUCAAACUCCAGAGCUCAAGAGAUCCUCCUGCCUCAGCCUCCUAAGUACCUGGGAUUACAGGCAUGUGCCACCACACCUGGCUUAAAAUACUAUUUCUUAUUGAGGUUUAACCUCUAUUUCCCCUAGCCCUGUCCUUCCACUAAGCUUGGUAGGUAUAAUAAUAAAGUAAAAAUACUAACAUUUGCAUAUCGCUUUCCAGGUGUGGAGUGUUUGCACAUCAUUUAAUUCUCAUUUCACCUUUGUGAAACAUGCACAAGUCUUUACAGCUGUCAUUCUAGAGUUUAGGUGGGUAACACAACUACAAAGUGAAAGAUACAGCUAGAAAAUACUACAAAUCCCAUAGUUUUUCCAUUGCCCAAGGAAGCAUCAAGUAUGUAUGUUUGUUCACGUACUCUUAUAGUCAAUGCGUUCAUCAUUUCAGCCUAAAAAUAAUAGUCUGCCCCUUUAGCCAGUUUUCAUGUCUGUGCAAGACCUUUCAAUAGGCCUUUCAAAUGAUAAUUCCUCCAGAAAACCAGUCUAAGGGUGAGGACCCCAACUCUAUCUUCCUCUUGUCUUGCUGUCCUCUGUUUCUCUCUUUUUGCUUUAAAUUCAAUAAAAGUGACACUGAGCAAAUAACCUCAUCAGGUUAUAUUUACCCACAUACCCUAAGCA